CAAACAUUUAGUGAAGUUGGUUGCUAUUCGUUAAGCCUCACUUCGAAGAAAACGGCGAGUUGGCGGUUACGUAAGCUGCUCGCGUUGUAACAUUUUUUGAUGGCAGACAGCGACGCCAUCCAUUACGCUGUCCCUAAUCGUACUCCAACAAAGCUCAAUCGACUGAUCAAAUGGCUUAGGGAAAAACCAUGGAGUGUUUUUCUAGCCGUUUUUCUAGCUUGUACGUGGUUGACACUUCUAAUUCUUCUUGACUACAACAGAUACAAGGGUUACUGUGCUAAAAGAGAGUUUCACGAUUCAAUUGGACCGCCAUUACACGAGGGAGAUCGCAACAGUUGUAGAGUGGAAAGAGAAAGCGCGAGACCCAUCCCACCAGGAAGACUUCCUGGACAGAUCUUCACAUCGAGCGAGCGUAGCCUACCUUCUUGGAUUCUUGUUGGCUUGUUUAGUUUUGUCACAAGUGUCAUCAAUUUUGUGCUCAUCUGUAAUCAUCCCAAAAAGAAACAGUCCGAAAAUGCAGAAAGAAAAACCUUUAGUCAUCAUCAGAGUGAGCACGGUCGAGUCAGCUGGAUUAUUUACGUUUGCACGACGGUCAUCCUAGUGUAUCAAGCCAUCAACAUGGCCAAGAUAGCAGACUGCCGACACGAAAAUGGCGCAGAGAUAUUCUACACGGUCAUGCUAGCAAUUGACGUGUCAAUGCAAGGUGUUUUCCUUCUGUCUGAGGUAGUUGUCGGUAGACACUUUGGAAGCAAAAAGAGCAGCCUCCGCACCAUCGCUUUGUUCUUUCUCGGUAUCUGCAACUUCAUCAUGUGGGGACACAGCAUUGGAGAUGCGGUAUGUCGUAAGGAAAUUGAUAACGCAGCCAUCGUUGGUUAUCAGAUUUGGGACUUCUUCGAUCCUAUAUUCGGAUCAGCAGUCGUAUUCUUUAGAAUCUUGUCAGGUUGUCUGUAUAUUUCUCUUACUGUUCCCUCCGACCAUCCUCCAGAAGAUCACAACGCUGGGAAACCCUAUCUUAUUUCUACGUCGGAAAAUGUAAACAAUCACAUUGACGAAAACGAUAAGAAAAACAGUAUCGGUGUAACUGAGUUUAUGAUGAGCAAUCGAAAAGUCCGAAAACAAACUUUAACAAUUUUCAAUGAGCCUGGAACCAGUGGUACUGUGACAAACUUCUAUUACUCUGCACAGAACGACCGCUUUCAUCGCAACACUAUUCGAAGCUAUUACGGGUCGGUGGUCGCCAUUUUGUUUGUCGUCGUUCCUUUUGUUGCUUACGACGCACUCGCUCGUCAUGUCGGAAAGAAACAUGAAGGUCAACUGAAAUACGUCGUGGAGCUCACAAUAAAUAUUUUACUGAUUGGUUUGAACGGAUGGUUUAUCAUUUUCCAAGGAGGCUUUCCAAAUGCUGAGAGCGCAAAAAGAUUACUUGGUUGUACAAGAAAAGGUCAGCAUACAAGGCGAUAUUCUGCAAUACCUGCAGAGUGCGAGGUAUCAGAUUGCAGCAUUUCCCAAAAGUGUAGCGGCUGCAAAUGCUGCGAACUUCAUUGCAAAGGGGUUCAACGGUUUUUGCACAUGGCGAAGCACGUGGUGGAGCACACGAACAUAGAAAUUCCGGUCUUUUUUGUUUUCAGUCUUUUUGCUGUUUGCUUUUACAUAGCGUCGGCCGUAGUUGAACACGGAGGAGAUCGCGCAACAGACAUUAUUGGCAUUUUUUCAGUCAUUUUACAAUCUACGUUUGUCUUCUGGACAGCUCUCGUUCACAAUUCUUUGAACUUGUUACGACAUGGAAACUAUCAUCAUAGCUGGAAUUCCUUCCUGUUAUCUCUACUGUUUGCUGUUACCGUGGGAUCACUAGCCGUCGACAUAGAGAGAGAGCAUGUGGAUCAUGAAGUUCAUAACAAAUGGUAUCUUAGAGUGUUUGCACCUCUGCUGGUUGAUUUCCGAGUUCAUGCUGCUAUUCUAACGUAUAGCGUGCUGUCUGAAUUUGAUCAGCAACGACUCACAGAACGUGACAUUGAAGACAAGAAAAUUUUUGAACGAGUAGACAAUGAACCCUCAUUGGCAGAAGGAUCUGAAUGUCACAGGCUCGGAUGCAAAACCCUUUACAGCAGAGAGAGCGAUGACGCCUUCUGGAAAUGCACGGCUGCAGGCAACGGCUGUCAGUCUAAACCCUACUGCAAUGAUUGCUUUAAGGAAUUCAUUGUAAAAGUAGGUUUUUGUCCCACUUGCGGCGACCAGAUAACGUGUAAGCCAACCAUGAGUUCAAACGACAACAACAUCAAUAAUGAUUCCACGCACGCUGAUUCUGGACAAGGCAACAAUCAACAGCAGGAUGGAACAACAAUAACUGACAAUUGAAAAAUGCAAUGCAACAAUAAGAGACCACAUGUUAUGUUAUUCCCUACUUUUAGUGCACUUCAGCGAGAUUUAACCGAUAAACAUGACGUUAGCUUCCGUUGUUAGUUGUAAUUUGGUCUGCUUUCAAUUGGCCUAUACUAAGCAUCAUUUUUAGUCUCGAAAGUUUUAUUAAAGUUGGUUUUAGCUAGCAACGUGCUGCCUUUAUAUACAUGUUAGUACAACUUAGCAAAUAUUUAGCCGUCUGAAUUGUACGCAAUACAUGCUAAAUGCUAACGGUCUAUAUACGUAGCUAUGAACAAGGACAGAAAAACCUAGCAAAUUCUUUAGGGCACAAUCCUUGAAUUUUCUAUUUUAUUAAAAAUUAAAAG